AUGGAAACACAGAACAGCACACUGGUAACAGAAUUCAUCCUGCUUGGUCUGACCCAGUCUCAGGAUGCUCAACUCCUAAUCUUUGUGCUACUCUCAGUUUUCUACCUCAUAAUCCUUCCUGGAAAUCUUCUCAUAAUUUUCACCAUAAGAUUAGAUCAUGGACUUACAGCCCCUCUGUAUUUCUUCCUGGGAAACUUGGCCUUCCUAGAUGUCUCCUACUCCUUCAUUGUGGCUCCCAGGAUGCUGGUGGAUCUCCUCUUUGAGAAGAAGGUAAUCUCCUAUAGAAGCUGCAUCACUCAGCUUUUUUUCUUGCACUUCCUUGGAGCAGGAGAGAUGUUUCUUCUUGUUGUGAUGGCCUUUGACCGCUACAUUGCCAUAUGUCAUCCUUUAUACUAUUCAACCCUCAUGAACCCUAGACUCUGCUGUGCAUUAUUGUUGGCUCUGUGGCUUGGAGGCUUUGCCCAUUCCAUUGUACAAGUGGCCCUUAUCUUAUACUUGCCUUUUUGUGGUCCAAACCAGCUAGAUAACUUCUUCUGUGAUGUCCCACAGGUCAUCAAACUGGCUUGCACUGAUACCUUUGUAGUGGAACUCCUAAUGGUCUCUAAUAGUGGCCUUCUCACCCUCCUGUGCUUCCUGGGACUUCUGUCUUCAUAUGCAGUCAUCCUCUGUCAUGUAAAGGGACGGUCCUCAGAAGGGAAGAACAAGGCUGUCUCUACAUGCAUCACUCAUGUUAUCAUUGUGUUUCUCAUGUUUGGACCUGCCAUUUUUAUCUACACUCACCCCUUCCAGGCAUUGGCAGCUGACAAAGUUGUUUCUCUCUUCCACACUGUCAUCUUUCCUUUGCUGAAUCCUGUGAUUUAUACACUUAGAAAUCAAGAAGUGAAAGCCUCCAUGAGGAAGAUGCUAACUCACUAUGUGGUUUGCUAA